AUGGUGUCCUGCCUGGUGUGUGGGGAUAAAUCGUAUGGUAAACAUUAUGGCGUGUUCUGUUGCGAUGGAUGUAGCUGCUUCUUCAAGAGAAGCAUUAGACGAGGAAUUGUUUAUAGUUGCAUUGCCGGAACAGGAAACUGUGUUGUAGACAAGGCGAGAAGAAACUGGUGUCCAUUUUGCCGGUUACAGAAAUGUUUUCGCGUGAACAUGAACAGAAAUGCAGUACAAGAGGAGCGAGGACCCAGAAAUAAUAAAAAAGUGACAAAAGACAAUCAUGAUGUUUCUAAUAGUCAUAGUUGUACAAUACCUCCAGAAGCAUCAAUGGUUUUUCGGCAAAUUGCAGCUCACAUUCUUUUGGUGAGCUUUAGGAGAGCUCGAAGCAACGAUCUUUUUUGUUCUCUUCCACCCACUGACCAAUCUGUGAUUUUGCAAGACGUGUGGAGCGAAUUAUUUCUUCUUCAAGCUGCUUAUUGGGUUCUUCCGAGAAGGAUUGUUUCAGCUAUUAUGGAAUGUAGGCAAUUGCAACUUGAUCCUCUGGAACGUUCUUUGCUGGAAACAAUAAUUUUGGCAAGGAAAGUGCCGUCAGAACUGUAUGACUUGAGCUAUUACAAAACCCUACCGAAGAGGUUAAAGGAUAGUUAA